AUGUCGGGCAUUACCGACUCUACCUCCAAAAUGCAAGUCGACGGCGUGGCUGCCGGACAGUCCGAGAUCGACGAGUCCCUCUAUAGUCGUCAGCUCUAUGUGCUUGGCCACGAGGCUAUGAAGCGCAUGGGUGCUUCCAACGUUCUCGUUGUCGGCCUGAAGGGCCUCGGUGCUGAGAUUGCCAAGAACGUUGCCCUUGCUGGAGUCAAGAGCCUGACGGUCUAUGAUCGCACCCCCGUAGCCCUGCCCGACCUCUCCUCCCAAUUCUUCCUCACUCCUGCCGAUGUUGGCAAGCCCAGAGACCAGGUCACAGCCCCCAGGGUAGCGGAGCUGAACGCAUACACCCCGGUCAGCGUCCACGACUCGCCCAGCCUUGACGAAAAUCUCUCUCAGUUCGACAAAUACCAAGUUGUUGUUCUUACCGGCGUUCCGAUCCUGUUACAAAAACUUAUAUCCGACUAUUGCCACUCCAAGGGCAUUUACGUUGUCAUCGCUGACACCUAUGGUCUGUUUGGAUCGCUCUUUUGUGAUUUCGGAAAGAACUUUACUAUUGUAGACCCGACUGGCGAGACACCCACGCACGGAAUCAUUGAAGGCAUCGACGAGGAGGGUCUUGUCUCGGCUCUGGACGAAACUCGACACGGUCUCGAGGAUGGCGACUACGUUACAUUCUCAGAGGUUGAGGGAAUGGAAGCCCUCAACGGCUGUGACCCAAAAAAGGUCACCGUUACUGGGCCCUACACCUUCUCCAUUGGCGACGUCUCUGGCCUUGGCCAAUACAAACGCGGAGGUAUCUACCAGCAAGUCAAGAUGCCGAAGAUUCUCGACUUCAAGAGCUACACCGACUCGGUUAAGGAGCCUGAAUUUCUCAUCUCUGAUUAUGCCAAAUUUGAUCGCCCCCAGCAACUGCAUCUUGGGUUCCAGGCCCUACAUGCCUUCCAAGUUGCCAAAGGUCGACUUCCCAAUCCCAUGGAUGACGCUGAUGCCGCUGUUGUAAUCGGUGCGGCUAAGAAGUUUGCCGAAGAAGAGAAGCUCGAGAUUGAGGUCGAUGAGAAGCUUCUCAAAGAACUGAGUUAUCAGGCUCUCGGCGACCUUUGCCCUAUGGCCGCCUUCUUUGGUGGUGUUGCAGCGCAAGAAAUUCUCAAGGCUGUCUCUGGAAAGUUUCAUCCGAUCAAACAGUGGAUGUACUUUGACUCUCUAGAGUCUCUUCCUACCUCUACCAAACGUACUGUCGAGUUGUGCAAGCCUAUUGGCAGCCGCUACGAUGGCCAGAUUGCCGUUUUCGGAAAGGAGUAUCAGGACAAAAUUGCAAACCUGAGGCAGUUCCUCGUUGGCGCUGGCGCCAUUGGCUGUGAGAUGCUCAAGAACUGGGCCAUGAUGGGACUGGGUUCUGGGCCCAACGGCAAGAUCUUUGUGACUGACAAUGAUUCGAUUGAAAAGAGUAACCUGAACCGCCAGUUCCUCUUUAGAGCUGCCGAUGUGGGACACAUGAAGAGUGACUGCGCGGCCAGGGCUGUUCAGCGCAUGAACCCGGAUCUCGAAGGCCAUAUUACGACCUUCCGUGAUCGUGUUGGUGCCGAAACUGAGGAUGUAUUCAAUGCCGACUUCUGGAACAGCCUCGACGGUGUCACCAAUGCUUUGGACAACGUUGAAGCCAGAACCUACGUCGACAGACGCUGCAUCUUUUACCGCAAACCUCUGCUCGAGAGUGGUACUCUGGGCACCAAAGGCAACACUCAGGUCAUCUUGCCGAACAUAACGGAAUCAUAUUCUUCCUCCCAGGAUCCCCCCGAAAAGGAGUUUCCAAUGUGCACAAUUCGCAGUUUCCCUAACCGUAUCGAGCACACAAUUGCCUGGGCCAAGGAGCACAUGUUUGAGCGAUGCUUUGUCAACGCUCCCCAGACCGUUAACUUGUACUUGAGCCAGCCCGAUUUCUUGACCACCACACUCCAACAGGGCGGCAACCAGAAGGAUACAUUGGAGACUAUCCGAGACUAUCUGACUGCGGACCGUCCCAGAACUUUUGAGGAUUGCAUUGCAUGGGCCAGGAACUUGUUCGAGGUUGAGUUUGCCAACAAGAUUCAGCAACUCCUGUACAACUUUCCCAAGGACUCAACCACAUCUUCUGGCGUGCCUUUCUGGUCCGGAGCCAAGCGCGCCCCCGACGCGCUCAAGUUUGAUGCCAACAACCCUACCCACUUUAGCUUCAUCGUGGCUGCCGCCAGCCUCCACGCCUUCAACUACAACAUUAAGUCUCCUGGCAAUGACAAGGCCAUUUAUCUGCGCGAGCUUGAGAAUGUCAUUGUUCCUGAUUUCAAUCCCGACUCUCGAGUCAAGAUCCAAGCGGAUGACAAGGAACCUGAUCCGAACAAGGACAUCGUUACAGAUGAAGAUGAGCUGCAGAGGCUGACAGCUUCUCUGCCAUCUCCCAGCAGCCUCGCAGGCUUCAAGCUACAGCCUGUUGACUUUGAGAAGGAUGACGAUUCGAAUCACCACAUUGACUUCAUCACCGCAUGUAGCAACCUGCGUGCUGAGAAUUACAAGAUUGAUCCGGCGGACCGACACAAGACCAAAUUUAUUGCUGGCAAGAUUAUUCCUGCCAUUGCCACUACCACCGCUCUUGUGACUGGCCUCGUUGUUCUCGAGCUGUACAAGGUGGUUGACGGCAAGGACGACAUUGAGCAGUUCAAGAACGGCUUCAUUAAUCUGGCGUUGCCCUUCUUUGGCUUCUCAGAGCCGAUUGCCAGUCCCAAGGUCGAGUACACUGGCCCUGAUGGCAAGGUUGUGCUCGACAAGAUUUGGGACCGGUACGAGGUCAAGGAUAUAACUAUCCAGGAGCUGGUCGACUUUUUCAAGGCCAAGGGCCUGACGGUGCUGUCGCUCAGCCACAGCGUCAGCUUCUUAUUUGGCGCUUGGAUGCCGACUGCCAAGGCGCGUCUACCGCUCAAGAUUAGCGAGGCAAUUCAGCAGGUGACCAAGAAGCCUGUGCCUGCGCACAUGAAGGAGCUGAUUGUAGAGGCGCUGGUAGAGGACGCGAAUGAGGAGGAUGUUGACGUUCCUUACGUGAAGGUGACGUUGGAAUAG